AUGACAGAGAUCACAGAGGAAAACUUUCUACAGGAAGGCCCCGAGCCAAGGGAAAUGCUUGAGGCUUCUCCAAGAAGAUUGCCCGAGGAAGUUUCCCUCCACAAUAUGACUAAGGAAAAGGAUGUGUGGGACACUGCAAAUGAAAAUUAUUUCCAUGGAAAAACUAGAUCUACUGGUUGUCGGAAUAGUAACUACCAUGAAACAAUACAUGAAGGAAAGAGGAGGAUUGAAUGCUCUGCUUGUGGGAAAAGCUUUGCCAGUGUCUCAACUCUUAAAGUGCACUGGGAAACCCACACAGGAGAGAAACCAUAUGACUGCUUGCAGUGUGGAAAGAGAUUCAUUCGGAGUGCAAACCUCAUUAUCCAUCAAAGAACCCACACAGGAGAAAAACCAUAUAAAUGCCUGGACUGUGGAAAACGCUUUAUGCGGAGUACAAACCUCAUCAUACAUCAAAGAACCCACACAGGUGAAAAGCCAUAUAAGUGUUUGGAAUGUGGUAAGAGCUUCAUUCAAAACUCAACCCUUACUGCCCAUCAAGGAAUCCACACAGGGGAGAAAACAUAUGAAUGUUCGGAAUGUGGAAAGAGCUUUAUGCGGAGUACAAACCUCAUUAUACAUCAAAGGAUCCACACAGGAGAAAAACCAUAUAAGUGUUUGCAGUGCGGAAAGAGCUUUAGUCAGAAUUCAAGCCUUACCACUCAUCAAGCAACCCACAAAGGGGAGAAAGCGUAUGAAUGUUCAGAAUGUGGAAAGAAAUUUAUGCGGAGUGCAAACCUCAUUUUACAUCAAAGAACCCAUACAGGAGAAAGGCCAUAUAAAUGUUUGGAAUGUGGAAAGAGCUUUAGUCAAAGAUCAACCCUUACCAGUCAUCAAGGAAUCCACACAGGGGAGAAAAUAUAUGAAUGUUUGGAAUGUGGAAAAAAGUUCACACGGAGUGCAAAUCUAAUUUUACAUCAAAUAAUCCACACAGGAGAAAAACCGUAUAAAUGCUUGGAAUGUGGAAAACGCUUUAGUCAGAGCUCAAGACUUGUUACUCAUCAGAGAAUCCACACAGGAGUGAAGCCAUUUAAAUGCCUGAAGUGUAGAAAGAGUUUCACUCACAGCACAAGUCUUAUUAGACACCAGAGGAUUCACCUAGGGGAGCAACCAUUUCAGCUCCUAGAGUGUGGAAAGGGAUUUGUACAAAGUGCAAAUCUCAGUGUAAAUCAGAAGACUCACUCAGAGGAAAAAUUGUAUAAAUGUCUGGAAUGUGGAGAAUGCUUUAAUCAGAAAUCAAGUCUUACUAAGCAUCAGGAAAUCCACACAGGGGUGAAAAGAAAUGCAUGUUAUCUAUGCGGCAAGACCUUCACACGGCAUGCAAACCUCAUUUUACAUCAAAGAACUCACACAGGAGAAACGCCAUAUAAAUGUUUGGAAUGUGGAAAGUGCUUCAGUCAGAAGUCAACCCUCACGAACCAUCAAGGAACCCACACAGGGGAGAAAAUGUAUGAAUGUUUGGUAUGUGGAAAGAAGUUCACACGGAAUGCAAACCUCAUUUUACAUCAAAUAAUCCACACAGGGGAGAAACCUUAUAAAUGCUCAGAAUGUGGAAAGCGCUUUGGUAUGAGUUCAAGGCUUUCUAAUCAUCAGAGAAUCCACACGGGAGUGAAGCCAUUUAAAUGCCUGGAGUGUGGGAAAAGCUUCAUUUACAAAACAAGUCUGAAGAGACAUAAAACGAUUCAUACAGGAGAGCAACAGUAUCAGUUCCUGGAAUGUAGAAAGAACAUCAGUCAGAAGAAAAAUCUUGCUUUACCCCAAAAUAUUCAAAGCACAGAGAAACCAUAUAAAUGCCUGGAGUGUGGAAAUUGCUUCAGCCAGAGCUCGAGUCUUAUUAGACAUCAACGGAUCCACACGGGGGAAAAGCCAUUUAGGUGCCUGGAAUGUGGAAACUGCUUCAGUCAGAGCUCAAACCUUAUUAGACAUGAAAUUAUUCAUGCAAGGCAAAAAUUGUAGAAAAAUUUAGAAUUUAAUAGAUAUCAGAGAAGUCACUGGGGAGGCCGUAUCAGUCCUCAUACUUUAUACAAGCUUCUGUGAUAAACUGACUGUAAAAUGUGAGAAUUCACCCAGGGGAGAAACCGCAUGAAUACUUAAAUUUGGGAGAAGUGUUAGCAUGAGUAGAAACCUUGCUCCCCAUCAAAGAGCUGGCACCAGCAAGUAAUGUGAUGAAAGGUUACUUGUAUAUUUAAAAAAGUAAAUACAUUGGCUAUAUCCUACUUAUCUGAUAAGGAAGCAAAGUUUGGUGAUAUAUUCAACAAUUUUGUUAAGAGAUCGGUAAUUCGAGUAGUAGUUCCAAAUCAGCACUCUGCUGGUUCAAUGCCUACUACUGCCAUGAGCUCAGCUGGUGGCUUUGGGUCAGGCAUUUCACCCAGCCCCAGCUCCCCAGCUGUAUUCUGAGGAUAAUGAUAACACUGACUUAGUUUGCUGCUCUGAGUGGACACUAAUCUGUCCAGAAGGGCAGUAUAUAAGCACAAGGUUGUUAUUAUUAUUAUUAUCCUGCAAUUUUAUAGCAAUGAAAUUCUCUCGUUGUCUCCUGCUGUUGACAUAGUUCAUGUGCUGUUCCAAAGGUUCACUUUUGUUUCUGUCUCCGAGAUCAUCUUUUUUUCAAUUCUGCCUGAAAUUCCAGGCCAGAGUGUUGGGAAGAAAUGGGCAGAAAUUGUACAUUUACCGUGCAAUCCUAUGCUGAGUUACUCCAUUCUAAACCCACUGAUCUCGAUGGGUUUCGAUGGAGUAAUUCUGCAUAGGAUUGCCCCGUUAGUUUGCGAGCCAUCUUAUCUUAGUUCAGAUAGCUGAAUAUGGAAUCCGGCUGCUGUCUUAUCCCUAAACCUGGAUAGUUGUUCAUACGAGAGCACCAAAGUGGCAGUGGAGGGGGAGAGCGUUCACUUUAUGGACGCACUUUCAUUCACAGGAAUUAUUUCAUUUCAUUUGACUAUCCCAAAGGGACAAAACUACCCGAAGAUGUGUGUUACCAAUUU